GUACACACAUCCCAGGAAGGGUAGCAAUCUUGGUCUUGUCCUCCACCGUCAUGACCCGAGGCCCGCAGCUAUAGCUUCUAUUACGGCCAUCACGCCAUAGCUCCCCUGCCCCUCGCCUGUCGGCCUGCUGCUAGGACCGCGGCCCAGUGCUCAUUGGGCGACCACCUUUCUCCAUCCGGACGUCGCAAUCAUCGCUUCCACUAUCCUGCAGUCAAGUUAUCCCCCGUCCUGAGAUCUAUGCAUCCUUGGCGCUUGGGAUAAUAAAUCUGAUCAGCACGACACUCGCCCCGGCGUGCAGCAGCAAUGGCUGCCCCUCGGUCCGGGGGAAGCCCAUCCUCGUCCUCCUUCCCCCAGCCUCACUCCUCCUCGUCCUCCUCGGCCAUCCCAGCCCCGAGCCCCAGCCUCACGCCCGUGGCCAGGGCGAGAAGCGUGGCAGCAGCUACCUCGGUCACCAUUCCACCACCGCAGCCCCGGAGAUCCAGCAGCGGGGCGUCCACGAGGCGGAUCCGGAGGGUCAACACCCAGGACAGAAUAAGUGACAUCCUAGAGGUAUGUGCACUAGUCCAUUUAAACUUUUCCUGCUCACCCAGGUGCUCUGCCGUGACCCGUCCCGUAUAGAUGAUCCCGGUCUGGCAACACGGCUGCCACCGGCCCACCCGUCGUCACAUGAGACUCACUCACUCCCACGCCCACGCCCGUCUCAUGACACCCGCGUCGACGCACCCACAUUACUCGUCUUGUUCUUCUUAUUAUCAUCUUCACCAUUCUUACACCCCGCGCUGUUCUAUCCUGCACUGCCCUACCUACCCUGCAACCCCUCAACACAUACCACCCUCAUCCCGACGCUGACAUGCAGAUGCGGCUCGCAGCUGGGCCGUGAACGCGCCGAGACCAUGUCGCCGGCCCGAAGCCCGCAGGACCACGAGCCGGACGAGCUCACGGGCAUCAUCACGCGCGGCCCCACCGGCGGCACCAACCCGGCCAUGAACUACCAGAGCACGGUGGAGUCGGCCGGCACGCGGGCCAGGAAGGCGGCGAGGGGCGGCGCAGACUCGCCCGCCGGCGCCGGGUCCCGGAGUGCGAGCAAGGGCAGGGCGGCGCCGCUGUCCGGGGCCGGGAACGGGGCCGGGAACGGCAGCGGGGCCGCGGCGGACAAGGAGGAGAGGGCGUGGUGGAGGUCGAGGCUGGCCUACUUCGGGUCGAUAGAGCUCGAGAACAAGGGCUCCGUCGCGAGGGACCACCUGGCACUAGAGCGGACAUUUCUCGCGUGGCUGCGGACGUCGCUGGCCUUCGCGUCCAUCGGCGUGGCCAUCACGCAGCUCUUCCGGCUCAACACGUCCAUCGCCGACAGCCCGUCCGACAGCGCCAGCCAGCACACCCUGCGGCACCUGGGCAAGCCCCUGGGCGCCGUGUUCCUCGGCAUCAGCAUCCUGAUCCUCUUCCUGGGCUACCACCGGUACUUCCAGGCGCAGAAGUACAUCAUCCUGGGCAAGUUCCCCGCCAGCCGCGGCACCGUCAUCCUGGUCUCGCUCGUGGCACUGGUGCUCAUGGUCAUAUCCCUGGUUGUCGUCGUUGUGGUACAGCCGAGCUCCGGUGGGAGGUGAGAGUCGCCAUGUGGUGUUAGCUAUCAUAGUGUUUUGCAUGGUGGAUCUGGGCCACGGCCAGCAUGAGUGAUGCCGGAUCCGGCGUCAUGGGCACCUGGACUCAGUGCUGGCGUUUGGGGGUGAGGAAAGCAUGGCACGGCGCCGUUGACUCUGGGAUUCAUAUGUAAUGUGAAUGCCGUGUAAAUACUCGCAGUUUUAUAAUGUGAAUACCGGCGUGGUUUAGCUCG